AUGAGCCAAAGAUUGAAACAACCGAAUCUUGUAUCUUCAAACAAAUCACUAGCACCAAAUCUCAACACUCCUUUUAUUGAGAGUGACACGCGGACAAACUCCUUUGGCAUUAAAGAGAGUAUAUCAAGCUGUACUUUAAGUAAUUAUGAUGUUAGUUCGAUAAUUACAAGCAUGAAAACUGAUUCCGACAGCACAGGGAAGUUUAAAGAACCGAUAUCAAAUUUAAUCACAGGCAAACGGAAGGCGAAUCUAAAAACGCAUCGAGGAAGAUACAUACUCGGUAGACAGAAUAGCAAUGCUGAUAGUAAAAUGAAAGAGACUAUUGCAGAAAUUCGCCAAAGUAUACACGCGAUUAAUCAAAAUAAUGAUGAAAUCCAUCAAGAAAGGAAAGAUUCAAAGUUGAUUGAAAUGUUGACAGAUAUUAGGGAUAGCCUGAUCGCAAUGCCCAAUGAAGGCUCAUCUGCAAUCACAAAUAAUGAGGUAAAGAAUGCCGUUGACGAUAUUCGAAAGAGUAUCUCUAUGCUUCGAAAUCCAGGGGCUUCAAAUAGUAGAUUAUCUGGAGCCAAUGAAAUAAAAAAAUUUGGUAAGGCUAGGUCAUCAGGAAUCAACCUAAAUCAAAAUGAUGACGUUAUGGACGCCAUAUUGGAAAUUCAUGAAGGAGUUAAAGAUCUGGAAGAUAAUAUUCCAACUCAAGACCCCAAUGAAGCAAGAUAUAUCUAUGGUGUAGUAAGUGAUAUUCGUAAAAGCCUGAAAUUAAUCACUGAUGGAGAUGCAAAUACAAUUUCGUCUAAUAUUUACCUUGGAAAAUCAUCUAAUCCCAUGCUUAAUAGUGUAAAUGAAUUAAUUAAAACAUUGGCUAAGAUAACCCAACAGCUAGAGUUGAUAUAUAAAAGGAAAAUUGAAAAUGAAUCAGAAAGGAAAAUGAAAGACGAGGUAUCUAUCGAUUGCAUUAACGAAAAAUUGGAUACUUAUAUUAAUAAUAAAAAGAAUGAAGCUGCAAGGCCUUAUCAGUUUGUUCUGCCUCCAUUUGUUCCACCUCCUGUGUAUAUAGCGCCGUAUUGUCGAUUUUCGUUGCCUUCUCACUUGUCAGCACAUCCUCAAAUACCUCCUUCAAGCGGUCAACUAUCUCUGUCUGGGUUAAAACGGGAACCCUCCUUUUAUGCUCAAUUUCCCGGCACUCAAAAUAAGAAUUACGGGAGAAAUUUCCCCUCGACUUUUUCUCUUAGUUUUGUUGGAAACGAAGAUCGAAAUGGAAAAUUUGAUUAUUCACCAAAUGGUGCUAAACAUAUUUUCCUUUGCAAUGAACUUUAA